CUUCUGAUCUGACUCAUCGUGUCAUACCCUACCAUGUCUCUCAUGUCCCCCAUGCAUGCAUAUAUGCUUCUCUACAAUUCAACUCGCAUCUCCCACACUCAAAGAUAAAAAGCCAUUCAUCCCCAUAACCCUCCAAAGACUCACACCCUCUUCUGAUCUUUUCCACUACUUUCACAUUUCAAACUAACUUUUCUCCUCCAUUUCCAUCACUCCCUUAUUUCAAUUCAGAGCCAUUAAAAGGAGCUGAGAAUUGAACUUCAAAUUAAAGUGCGGUUAUCUGAUCUUAGGGUUUUUUGUCGUUCUUUGAUCUUUCAAUUCGAUCAUAUAUUCUGAGAGAUGAAAGUGCCCGUUUCUUCAAAUGAAAACUGGAAUUCUGGCGCCGGGAACGGGUGGUACGAGCCCAAAUCCGUUCUUGAGCUCCGGCGAAGCCCCAGCCCGGUUCUCGACCAAAAGGCGGCGCCGGCGGGGAACUUCGAUGUCUCCGACGAUCCUCUUGAGCUGGCUGAUAAUUUGCUGACUAAUUUCGAAGAUUGGGACUCUUUUAUGAAGGAAUUGGGUUUGCAAGACGACAGAAAGCCCGAUAAUCAUCAUAAUCUCCUCUUCGCCCCCUCCGAGUUGACUCACCAUCAGUCCGAGUUGACUCACUCGCCGGAGUUUGUGCCUUCCGAUUUCAAUUUCUCCUCACAGUUCCAGGGAAAUGAUAAUAUUAGUUCGUUUGAUGAAAACUGGAGCGUUGGAUUUGAUUUCAUCGACGAGUUGAUCCAACUCGCAGAGUGUUUCGACUCGAACGCCGUCCAGCUCGCGCAGGCGAUUCUGCCGCAGCUUAAUCAGAAGCUGAGUUCCGGCGCCGGAAACCCGCUCCGGCGAGCUGCGUUCUAUUUCAAGGAAGCGCUUCAGUCCCUACUCACUGGGUCAACUCGCUCGGGUUCGAGUUCUUUUGAGGUUAUUCAGACUAUUAAAGCUUAUAAGAUCUUCUCCAAUAUUUCUCCUAUUCCCAUGUUCUCCAGCUUCACGGCUAACCAAGCCAUGCUGGAAGCCGUCGACGGCGCAAUGCUCGUCCACGUCAUCGACUUCGAUAUCGGCUUCGGCUCCCACUGGGCUUCCUUCAUGAAGGAGCUAGCCGAUAAAGCCGAGUUGAGCCACACCAAGCCGCCGAUUCUCCGCGUCACGGCUCUAGUUCCCGAGGAGUACGCCGUGGAGUCGCGGCUGAUCAGAGAGAAUUUGGCUCAGUUUGCGCGGGAACUGAACAUCGGCUUGGAUGUGGAUUUUGUGCUGAUCCGUACAUUCGAGUUGUUAUCUUUCAAAGCUAUUAAGUUCAUAGACGGGGAAAAGAUCGUCGUUUUGUUAUCUCCGGCGAUUUUCCGACGGGUCGGGUCGGGUCAAUUCGCCGCCGAUCUCCGUCGGGUGUCUCCGCACGUGGUGGUGCACGUGGACAGUGAAGGGGUGGUGGGGCCCGGACCGUCGUCUUUCCGGCAGACGGUGAUUGAAGGGCUGGAGUUUUACUCCGGCGUCUUGGAGUCUCUGGAGGCGGCGAGCGUCGCCGGCGGCGGAGAUUGGGUUAAGAAAAUUGAGAAUUUCGUGUUGUUUCCGAAGAUUGUGGAGAUGGUUAGGGCUGCCGGCGCCGGCGGGAUGACGUGGAAGGAGGCUUUUGUGGCGGCGGGGUUCCGGCCGGUGGGUUUGAGCCAAUUUGCUGAUUUUCAGGCUAACUUCUUGCUUGGGAGAGUGCAGAUUGGAGGGUUCCACGUGGCAAAGAGACACGCGGAGAUGUUGCUUUGUUGGCAUGAUAGGGCCCUCGUCGCCACGUCAGCUUGGAGGUGAUUUUUCAUUGUACACAACAUACAUUCCUAAUUUCCUAUCCUAGGUUAGGGCUCAGGUCGCUGGAGAUGAUGAAGAUAACAUAUGCAACCGGCCUAAUCACAAUCUCCUUUUAAUUUUUAAGGGUUUGUCCUUUGUAAUUUGUAGCUUAAGUUUGGUUUUAAUUACCUCAAACUUGGUGUUAAUUGAAUAUCUUUAUAUUUUCUGAUUAAGAAUUUGUUUUCAAAUGUCUAAUCACAAACUUCUGACAAAGUAAUUCAUGUCUAAGGGUCCAUUGUAUAUGUAUCAAUGCCAAUGAUCUUGUGGUAUAGUGGCACCCGGUUGCACGCCAUACAGAAAGCGGUGGGUUCGAACUUCAGUGGAGAAAA